AUGCACACGCUGACGAAUGCACUGAUUUUCAACCAGGCCGUUAUCGACCUGUUCGGCUCCGUCGUGCUUUUACUGGAGAGCAACGUCCCCGUGCCGGAGACGCUCCACGACACUCCGGCCAACUGGAUUCUCUGCCACAUCUGGCUGGGGAACUUACUCCUAUGGGGUGCGUUUAACGCGUCUACGCUGAACCUGCUCUCCGUGACUUUGGAGCGGUUCUUCGCCAUCGUGUUCCCCUUGAGAUACUGCGGUCUUUUCACCCGUCGAGUCGUCAUCGUCUUGGUCUGUUGCUCCUGGAUUAUGGGAGUCUUCUUGCAAGGAUUGUACAUUUCGGUAGUCCAUGUCUUCAGCGGAGGCAAGUGUUACUUUGAGUCUUCAGGAAGGACUCAGCUUAUAGGAGCAAUCUUCAUAUGCAUCAAGUUCUUUCUCCCGGUGUUCAUCAUGGUUUUUGCAUACGCCAGCAUCAUGUUCGUGUUGAAGAAGGGGGUCCAGCGCCUCGCGGUGGCACCCCGGGUCAUUACGGUAGCCCCGGUCGAUACGGCACCCCGGGUCGUUACGGUAGCGGGGUCGGUGACGUCGACAGCACCACCGGCCGUCGAGACACGAGAUAACUCACUCCGACGCGCUCGACGGAACACCUUCAAGACGCUACUGAUUGUCUUCAUCUCGUUCUUGGUCUGCUGGGCUCCCAACCAGAUCGUCUUCUUUCUCUUCAAUCUUGGCUGGCCGUUGGAUUUCGGUGGAAACAUCUACGUCAUUUCGGUCUCACUGGUUGCAGUCAACUCAUGCAUCAACCCGAUCAUCUACGGAAUCAAAUAUAAGCGGUUCAGAGAAGGGGUACGCAAACUGCUGGGACGUCGUCAGGAGGAAUCAAACUCUUUCACCAUGUGA